UGUAUGUCAAAGCAACAUCUUAUCUUGACUAAGUACAGUUCGUCAGAAUUGACAGCACCUUUUCAACAAUAAACAAUAUCAGCAUUAUGAAUUCGAUGUCAACAACGGGGCCUAUUAGGGUGGCCGCUAUACCGAAACAUUACCUGCAAUUCACAGUGCGGACCUAUACGAGGAGUAUGGCGAGCGCUGGGUUACGAUACAGCAAUCCGCCCCUCGUCAAAAAAUGCUACGACCAACCGACAGGGAAAAGGUUCAUUUCCUCCACGCCACAAUCACAGAUCAAAGACUAUUUCCCUCCUCCUGAUGCACCGAAAAUAGUCGAGGUGAAAACAGCGUGGGCUCAUCCUGUCUACAGUGAAGAAGAAAUGCGUGCAGUCACUGUUGGCCAUCGCGAGGCAAAGAAUUGGUCUGACUGGGUAGCGCUUGGGAGUGUCCGCCUGCUCCGAUGGGGUAUGGACCUGGUCACUGGCUAUAAACACCCUGCGCCGGGCCAAGAAGACAUCAAGAAGUUUCAGAUGACGGAAAAGGAAUGGUUAAGAAGAUUUGUCUUCUUGGAGAGCGUCGCGGGUGUACCUGGAAUGGUUGGUGGUAUGCUAAGGCAUUUGAGGAGUCUCAGACGUAUGAAGCGAGAUAACGGAUGGAUCGAGACGCUCCUUGAGGAGGCAUACAAUGAGCGGAUGCACUUGCUCACAUUCCUCAAGAUGGCCGAACCUGGGUGGUUCAUGCGCUUAAUGGUCCUUGGAGCGCAAGGAGUGUUUUUCAACGGCUUCUUCCUCUCUUAUCUCAUCUCGCCACGUACCUGUCAUCGUUUCGUCGGCUAUCUCGAGGAGGAAGCCGUGCUCACUUACACUCGGGCCAUCAAAGACCUCGAAAGCGGCAGGCUGCCGCACUGGGAAAAGCUGGAGGCUCCAGAGAUCGCUGUCAAGUACUGGAAAAUGCCUGAGGGUAACCGGACCAUGAAGGAUCUGUUGCUGUAUGUCCGAGCGGACGAGGCCAAACAUCGCGAGGUCAACCACACGCUAGGGAACCUGAAGCAAGCGGUCGACGUCAACCCUUUCGCCGUUGAAUGGAAGGAUCCGUCUAAACCGCAUCCUGGCAAAGGGAUCAAACACUUAAAGACCACCGGCUGGGAACGAGAGGAGGUUGUUUGAGCAUUUAUGCAUUUAUACAUUGUGGUUUUGUCAUUCGCGGGAGCAAAUGGGAGAACAUGCAUAUAUGAUUAAAGCGGCGCAAAUUGGUUGGACUUGAGCAUAGCAUCGCGGAUAUCUCCUCUCCUUAGUCUUUAUUGGUAAUAGAAUGUUCUUGAACCUGUUC